CCUACGAUUCAGACGAGCCUCAAGAUGGACGUGAUACCCUCCUGGGAUGGAGACCGACGUACUGUAGUCAGCUAUGUAUGGCCUUUCUUUGAAGUGGCAAACAGUGGCGGCAACUUACGUCAGGCGGUCGCUCACUGGGCUUGGAUGCGCUUUGAGAAGGGUUCCCCCAUCUUCCAGUGGUACUUGACGCUGUCUGAAGAUAUCAAAAGGUUCAUGAAGUUAGACGCGUACAACUUCAUCGACGUGAUCAAACAACAGUACCUAGGACCCCAGUGGAUGAAGGACAUGGCCGUCGAAUUCCAGCUCCAGUCCUUCCGUGAGCCUAAGCACCGGCACGAGCUCCCUUCGGCCUUUGUGAACCGCCGUAUACUGGACGCUCGGUCGCUUGGUUUUGCGGUAGAGAAUUCUGUCGAAGAGGUCAAGCUCAUUUUGAGUGUAGCCCCCGCGGAUUGGGAUACGAAGCUCAUACCUUCGACCAUCUCCUCGACUGACGAGCUCAAGGCGAGGGUUAUCCAACACGAAAAGUCUCUU